CGAAAACCCAAUUCGAAUGAGUCUGCCUUUAUAUUUCUGUAUCAAAUUGUGAGUCUUUAUUCAAUUUCAAACUUGAACGUCAACAGUCGUGUCAAUAAAACCAAUAAACAAUUCUAGUGAAUAUCGUUUGAUGUGUACAACCUGUGCUUUGUAUCAUCUAAGUUUUGAACGGAAAUGGUUACUACACAAAUGAGGUGCAUCCUCGUUACAGUUUUGGUUGCCGUUUGCUGCAACUGCCAAUCGGACAACCCCGGUGGUUCUUCUUCUUGGGAGAAACUGCAAAUCUCACCGGACCCGUUAAGUUCCAUGGAGUACGGCAACUUUCUCGUUGAAAUUUACGAACACGCCAAUAAUCACAAGCCAACGACAACUGCCAGUGAGAAAAAAUAUUUCUACUCUCCUCUUGCCCUAUUGGACCAUAAAAGUGCCUUUGUUACUUACAAUAAGUUUACGAAGCAAACAGAGAUGAGAUUCCGCAUUGAAAUGUGGAACGACAAAGUCCAAAAUGAAGUUGUCAAACAUUUGAAUGAAAUGCAAAUGGAUGGCCAUGAAAUCAAAUCCAAUAAAGUGAGAGUCAUUCCCUUGGAAAAGGUCAUUCUCGUCAGCAAAAGACCCACAAUGGAUUAUUCGCUAUCGCCAGAGUGGACGAAUUAUGACAAGAGCAAAAUCCUUUGGCUUUCUCUGUCGUGUUAUGACCAGAAAAUCUGCGACGAACUGGCCAAUGAAAUGCGAUCCGUUCCCAAACAUGCAGACCAUUUCAAACUCCUGUACAGUUUGUCAUCGCAGACGUCGCAAACCAAACAGACGACCAUCAGCAUUGACAGCGUCACUUCCGGUCAAAUGGUCUCGACUCUUUUACAGAAAUUUGGUGACAAAAAAGAAAUUUUUCUGACGGCCAACGACGAGAAGAAAAUGUUGGCGGAAACGGUCACUAGCAUCCGAAUGGACACAUUUGACGACUACGAGGUCUUGUCUCCGGACACGGAAUCCCAAAUUUUGAGUAUUUUAAAAGAUUUGCUGGUCACGUCCAGAACGACCAUCAAAGAGCAAAGGGAUAAAAUGUGGGACUCGGUUUUCUGGAUUGAGGACAAUUACCGGCCGGACAAAACGACGAAAACUUUGAACGAAAUCAUCAACAAACUGGACAAGGAAACUCAAAAGAAAUUGUCGGAUAUGUUUAAAACUCGAGAGAAUGAAGAAAGAAUCCAACACAAUUUCGACUCAAACAGUUGGGCUGAUGUGGACCGAAUAAGUUCAGUCAUUUCAGGGAAAAUGGCGAACGAUUCCGAUAGUUCCCGGCGGGUUGAAAUUUUGAAGGAAGACGUGGAAAAGUUAUUACAAGAAAGUAGAAAUCACGUCGAAUGGGACGGAGAAAGAUUUGUGCCCAAACCGAUGCAAUUGAGCAGAAUCAAUUUGGCCAAAUUUCGUGAUUCUCAAUCGUUUCAGGAUCGCAACCUCCGUGUCCGUUACACAAGCGCUGAACUAUCAGCGCCAAUCAAAUUUGUAGAACACGCAGAAUUGACCGUCACUGGCGAAUGGAACAAUUUAAAGGACGAAUUCCAAGCCACUACUGAGCUCUUAAACAUAACCGUGAACAACUUGGUGAAAAUAAAUGCCGAGCUUAGUCAUGUGAAGAACAACUUGACUAAUAAAUUAGAAGGGACUAAAAAGGAGUUGGAGAAAACCAAAAUCACCUUGGAGGAAACGAGGUCCAAUUUAUCUACCCAGUUAAAUGAGACUAAGCAGGAGUUGUUGAAAACGAGGCCCGAUUUCCUAAAAACCUUUGAUGAUUUAUCAACAAAAUUAAAUGCAACUAGCAAAGAAUUGGCAGAAUUGAAAACCAUGGCCAGAAAUUUGUCAACUGAAUUCGAAAUGACUAAAAAGGAGUUGGGGAAAACCAAAAUCGACUUGGAGGAAACGAGGACCAAUGUUAAGAAUUUAUCUACACAGUUAAAUGCAACUAAAAAAGAAUUGGCAGAAUUGAAAACCAAGACCGGAAAUUUUUCAACUGAAUUCGACAAGACUAAAAAGGAGUUAGGGAAAACCAAAAUCGACUUGGAGGAAACAAGGACCAAUGUUAAGAAUUUAUCUACACAGUUAAAUGCGACUAAGAAAGAAUUAGCAGAAACGAAAAUCACAGCUGGAAAUUUCUCAACUGAACUCAAAGAGACUAAGCAGGAUUUGCUGAAAACAAGGGCUGAUUUGACAAAAAAAGACGAUGAUUUGUCAAUCAAAUUAAAAGCGACUGAAAAAGAAUUGGCAGGAUUGAAAACCACGACCGGAAAUUUUUCAACUGAAUUCGACAGGACUAAAAAGGAUUUGGGGAAAACCAAAAUCGACUUGGAGGAAACAAAGAGCAAUGUUAAGAAUUUAUCUACACAGUUAAAUGCGACUGAAAAACAAUUAGCAGAAACGAAAAUCACAGCCGGAAAUUUGUCAACUGAACUCAAAGAGACUAAGCAGGAUUUGCUGAAAACGAGGACUGAUUUAACCAAUAAAGACGAUGAUUUGUCAACAAAAAUAAAAGAACACGAACUUAAAGUCGCCGAGGAAAAUCUGAGUACAGUGAAAGAAAUUUUCUAUGUUUUGGGAAUUACAACAAAUUUGAGCACAACGAGAACGGUCGUUGGUCAAAUGCCAACCUCGUGUGCAGAUCUGGAGCGAAAUGGACAAAAAGUCAAUGGAUUCUUUUUGGUAAAGGGAUCGAAAAAGAUGGAAACGGUUUACUGUAACUUUUAUCCUAAUCAAACUGCCAAGCAAAAAUGGAUUGGAUACGCCGACGUCAAAUCGGCGCCCGUCCAUUUCUACGUCCAGAGAAAUUCUUCAUUUGACACAAAAGACACUCCGCUUCCGUUCGAUUUGGUGCGGGUGAACGAGGGAAAUGCCAUGAAUUUGAUAACGGGGAAAUUCACGGCACCGCAACCGGGAACUUAUUUUUUCUCAUUCGCGGCAGUGGUGCGUCUUUCAUCUUCAUCAACUUUUGUUGAUUUUUAUUCUCAUCUUUAUUUGAACGGGAAUCCAAUCGGGUCGAGUAAAGUUUACGAGCAUAAAAGCCCCGGUGAUCAAUGGAAUCCGUUGACCCUCCAGUCGACGCUGAACUUGAAAAAAGGAGAUCAACUCUGGGUGCAGAAUUGGUAUCGUGAUGAUUCAGCCUCGACUUUGUAUGACGGCGGUAACCGCUACACCCAUUUCACGGGUUUCUUGUUGGAGGAGGAAAUUUUCGACUCCCUUUGAGGUUCCAACUUCAUCGGCGACACGAAACAUUUUCGACUCGAACAUUUUUCUUUAACGUCGACACGAAAUUUUGGGGAAGGGAAUUUUAAGAUGGAAGGGGAAAUAAUUCGAUCGACUCUAAUUCAUUUUAUCAUUUAGGGGUAGGAAUUUCUUUACUAAAGUUUGACUAUGGAUGCAAUUACACUUAUUAAAUGCACCAACCAA